CAAGAACGUUCUCCGCUUUCCUUUCGCCUUUAAUUUACAUUCACUAAUUUUAAAACCGCACGUGCGCGUUCUCCUUUCGAUAAACCAGUAAACUCAUAAAUAAAUAAAUAAAUAAAUUAUUUAUGUAUUUAAAAAAUAAAUAAUAGCCAUAAAUGGAUCGAAAUAAGUUUAUAAAACAAUGUGCUGAUUAAAAGUGGUGAAAAAAAAAGAAAAAAAAAAAAAUCGGAGUGAAAAAUUGGUGAUACGAAAAAAAUUUAAAGUGAAACGACUGACAGCCUGGGGCUGAACUUUCGUGCAGACAAUUUAGGCUCGAUCUCACCUGCAUCCAGCGGUGAAAUUUAACCAACGGCCCUUCCUACUUGUCAACUUUUAUAAAAUUUAUUUUUACUUUGUUCCUUUCCCAUUCAACUCCAUUAUCUUCUCCAUUUUAAUAAAUUUAUUAUUUACAGAGAUAAAUAAAUAUUUAUAAAAUUAAAAAACCUGACUCUUGUCAAGCUUAAAAUCAUGUAUUACCCUAACCGUGAAAAUUUCACGGUGGUUCGUAAAUAUUGAUCUGAACGGAAGUCACACGCGUGACCGACACGCGCCACGAUCCAGCCUCGUGUUCUCGGAUCGUUAUACUCCACGACAGCUCUAACACGCGAGUGAUACCUCAGAAAAAGGUUUUUAAUCUCAUCGUCACCGUGAAUCCUGGCGUGACGGUUUCCUUAGAGCUCAUCUAGACUUUGUCCAAGUCAACAUUAUAUUUAUAUUUAAAUCAAGAUGGAUACUGUGUUGGAGAAAAUUGGGAAAUUCAACUUGAGAAUUCCGAGUUGUUCCUUGAAGAGUCCCCAGCCUUUGAAGGAAUUCGUCGUGCACUGCCAAACGAUGCCGUCUCGAGUAAAGAAAUCAUUUUGCGGUUGCCUGCAGGAUGAUGAACCGCCAGAAAUCACGUACUGCGUGGUGGAACAAACGGGGACACUUACGCUACAAGCCAUGACACCGACACUGCCCAUGCCCGCAGAAGAAGAAUUAAACAAAAUGUUUUUAGAAUUGGUGGACGAGUUGGAUCUCACGCAAGCAAAUCGUCAGGCUGUGCUUGCUCUUCCUGCUAACAAAAAAUGGCAAAUAUAUUGCUCGCGAAAGGGAAACGAUACCCUUGACAACGGAGGGCUGCGUACCACUGAUUUGAGCGGAGAUCCUGAGGACUACAUCAAUAGAAUUCGAGUGAUAGCCAGUACCGCGUUCUCUGAGGAUGCUGAAGAACUAUCAAAUCAAAUGCGCCAAGUAGAAGCACUGAAAACCGCUUUGAGAACGCAGCCCCACAGUUUUGUCCUCAGAUUCAUCGAGCUUGAUGGUUUAAAUGCUUUGCUACAAGUGUUGGGCACGAUUGACGUCGAGGCAGCAAAUAGCAACCUUCAUACCAGCGUGAUAGGAUGUCUCAAGGCGCUGAUGAAUAAUUCUAAUGGUAGAGCUCAUGUGUUGGCACAUCCAACGGCGAUAAAUACCAUAGCCCAGUCGCUGGCGACUGAAAACAUAAAAGCCAAAAUAUCUGUGCUGGAAAUAUUAGGUGCAGUUUGUCUGGUACCGGGUGGACAUCGAAAAGUUCUUGAGGCAAUGCUACACUUUCAGCAGUAUCACUCGGAGCGAACGCGUUUUCAGAGUAUCAUAAACGAUCUUGAUAGAAAUUUCGGUGUCUACAAAGAUAAUUUAUCGCUGAAAACAGCUAUUAUGUCAUUUAUCAACGCGGUUUUAAAUUACGGUCCUGGCCAAGUCACCAUGGAGUUCAGACUUCAUCUGAGAUAUGAAUUAUUGAUGUUGGGGAUUCAGCCGAUCAUUGAAAAACUUAGAAAAUAUGAAAAUGAAACUUUGGACAGGCAUUUGGACUUUUUUGAGAUGGUUAGAAAUGAGGAUGAGAAGGAAUUGGCGCGCAAGUUUGAAAAAGAGCACGUUGAUACCAAGAGUGCUACUGCAAUGUUUGAUCUUCUUAGACGGAAACUGAGUCAUACUGCGGCUUAUACACAUCUGUUGAGUUUGCUCGAGCAUUGCUUAUUACUUCCACUGGAUUACGGGUCGUAUCCGCAGCACUGGCUGCUAUUUGAUCGAAUAGUUCAGCAAAUAGUUCUCCAGUCUGAGGGAAGCGAAGCGGGAAAGACAAGAAAUCCUGAUGUUGCGCCUAUUGAUAUUAAUGUUAAAGAAAUAGUCCAUCUGUUGGCUAAAGAAGAGGAACUGGUUGCUGCACGUAAACGAGCUGAAGAACUCGAGCGUGACAAUUGCGAAAUGUCCUCUAGGUUGGCUAAAAAAGAACAGGAAUUAGAUUUGCGUACGCAGGAAAAAGAAGACAUGGAGGCGAGUCUCGCUAGAAUUAAAGAACGUCUUGAGAAGGAAACUUCAAUGCAUAUUGAAACGAAACAAAAAAUAUCUGAGCUUCAGGAUAAUGUUGAAACAUUAUCGCGUCAAAUAAACAACGAAAAAUCAGAGAGAAAAAGACUUGAACAAUUAGUCGCCUCGGGUAGUCUUCCGGAUGACGCCAAGGCAACCAUAAAGAUUGUCGACGAUGACGUAGAAGAAAAAGUUGAAUCUAAACCUACUCCACCGCCUCCACCUCCACCUCCACUUGCACCUCCACCACCACCUUGCUUGAUGCCAGUGGCUCCACCACCAAUGAAAAUGGAAAUUAUAAAAAACGUUCCACAGCCCAGCAAUCCGCUAAAAUCUUUCAACUGGUCAAAAAUUCCUGAACAAAAACUCCAAGGCACAAUUUGGUCUGAGUUAGAUGACUCGAAACUUUACAACGUCAUGGAUUUGGAGUCAAUUGACAAAAUUUUCUGUGCCUAUCAAAAGAACGGAGUAUCUGCAGAAGGAUCCAUUGAAGAUCUUAGAAAUUUGGGCAAGAACAAAAAGACAAUGUCUGUUAUUGAUUCGAGAAGAGCACAAAAUUGUACAAUUCUACUGUCAAAGUUAAAAAUGUCCGAUAAUGAAAUAACUCGGACAAUUUUGUCAAUGGAUCAGCAGAAUAUUCUUCAUAUUGACAUGGUGGAGCAAUUAUUGAAAUAUAUUCCGUCGUCAGAAGAGGCAGCACUUUUGGAUAUGAAUCAAAAAGAAUUACAAAGUAGAGCAGACUGUUUUCUUUAUCAAAUAUCUAAAGUACCGCAUUACGAACAGCGCCUGAGGUCCCUCCACUACAAGAAAAAAUUCUCGGCGAGUAUUGCGGAAUUGACGCCGAGGAUGCGUGCCGUCCUCGAGGCGAGCCGACAAGUUGCUAGAUCUCGAAGACUAAGGAAGUUACUCGAACUGGUUCUUGCUCUCGGAAAUUACGUCAAUCGUGGAAACGCUCGCGGCAAUGCCUGUGGCUUUAGAUUGGCCUCUUUGAACCGUUUAGUCGACACCAAGUCUUCUUGUUCAAAAGGCACCACGUUGCUCCACUACCUCGUCCAAAUUCUCGAGUCGCGGUUCAGAGAAGUCCUAGACAUUGAGGAAGAUAUGCCCCAUGUGAAAACCGCUGCACGUGUCAGUAUGGCCGAUUUGCAAAAAGAAGUUGCUAAUUUGAAAAACGGGCUUCAAGAUGUUCAACGAGAGAUCGAAUUCCAUCGUGCUCAAGCUCAAGUUUUACAAGGUGACAUGUUUUUACCGGCAAUGCGCGACUUCCAGGCGCAAGCAACCUGCCGAUUGGCGGAGGCCGAAGAUCUUUUCCAAGACAUGAAGACCCGGUUUGAUCGGGCCGUCAGACUCUUCGGUGAAGAUUCUGCUGGUGUUCAGCCAGAUGAAUUUUUCGGAAUCUUUGAAAACUUUUUACAGGCUCUCACCGAAGCAAGAGCGGAUGUCGAGAAUAUGAGAAGAAAAGUAGAGGAAGAGGAACGUCGCGCUAAACAAGAGCAAGAACUGAAAAAACGUACGAUGGAAAGAAAAAACUCCCGCGAAGGUAUUCUUAAUAGCAUUGCGCUCAACAAAAAGAACGAGAGCAACGGACAGGGAGAUAAUAAAGGCGAGUUCGAUGACUUAAUCUCAGCCCUCAGAACUGGGGACGUUUUUGGUGAAGACAUUGCUAAAUUUAAGAGAUCCAAGCGCCGUCCUGUUACACCGAGCAGUCAAGACUCCCGCAGACACAGUAUUCACCGAGAAGAUUCUCGUGAGCGGCAUUAGAUCAUCAUUAUCAUUAUCAUUAUUAUCAUCAUCAUCAUCAUCAUCAUCAUCAUCAUCAUCAUCAGCAGCAGCUCUUCGUAGAGUCUUCCGCAUCCUUAGUCGGUAACUUUUCGUUGUAGGGUAUAUUAUAUACUGCUACAUUUCGGAUACCGGACAUGUAGAAAACGUUCUUAUCUCCUGUGAAUAUUUUACCCCGACCCAAUAAGACCAAAUCCUUAUUAUCAUUGUUAUUAUCCCCCUGCUCCCUUCCCCAUUAUAAUUUAAAUGUUUUAUUGUUUUUGUCUAUUUUUUUAAUAAAAUGGAAAUUAUGUUCUUUUAAAUUAUUAUAUUAUGAUUUACGUUGUAAGACUGCUAACUAAUGUAUAGUGCCAAGAUGUUUAACGAAACAGAGGUUGAUCCUUUAAAAUAGAGAAACAUAUCUUAUUAUAUUUGAAGAAUUAGCUGAAAAAAAAGUUAAGUUAUCAAGCAAAAGUUUUAUUAAAUAAUUAUUAUUACAAUGGAAAAGAUUUACUCCCGUAGGAAUGUUUGCGGUGCAAUAUAGUUAUAGAAAGAAAAUUUAUGUCCACGUGGAAAAAUCUAUACAACUAUAGAAAUUCAAUAGAAAAAAACCCGUAUAUCUUUACCUUUGUUCUAAAACGCCCGCCAAUAACUUUUCAAAGUUUUUUUUAUUUUUUUCAAUGGAAAAUUUUUAUUAUUUAUAAUUGAAUAUUUUGUCCGCGAUAUUUAUAUAAUUUUGGCGGCUUUUUAGAAUCAAGGGAGCGAUAUAAUAUAUGUGACAUGUAAAAAAAAAAUUUUUUUUUUUCAAGUGGUAAUUUUUUUUACGUUUCAUCUAAAUUUAGACCUUACAUAUUCGAUGUAUACAGUCAUAUAUAUUUUAUGUAAAAUUAAUCUAUGAGUCAUUUACAUUUAAGGUGAAGUCUGUUCGUAGGACCAACACAUGUUUAUAACUUGUGAUUUUUUAAUUAAUAUAUUAAGUAAAGUACAACUUGAGAGCCUUUGUUUAGUUAAUAGCCGGAAUUUAAAAAUUUUAUAUUUAAAAAUAUACAAUCGACACAAAAGGCCUACACAAGUCUGAUUUUAUAAUUUUUUAAAAUUAAUAAAAAAAAUGAAAGUGUAAAAGCCUAUUUAUAUAUUGUAUAACUAUUGAAUUUAAUUGUCGAGCCUCUAUAGAUUUAAUUCGAUAAAUAAAUAAAUCCCUCAAGCUUUUGUACUUUUGUAAAUAUUUAUCUGUAAUUUUUAGAUUACAUUAAAUUAGUACAUAAAU